AUGCAAGAAUUGCAAACGCCGGAGAGUGAAGGCCCAACGACAACGAGGAUCAGAUUCGUGAGCCACAAUGUUCCUGAGUCAGCAAAGCAGAGUGACACCUUGGAGGAGGAGCCCUCAUCCACCACUGCCAAGGCCGAGCAGAGAGUGAAAAGAAGUGUAAUCAAGAGGUUUGUCAUGGUCAACCCGUCACCUCGGACACCGCCAGUCGCUCCAGUCGAUCACCUGUCGUCUUGCCUGGUCACCUUACUGGAAUAUGGCCCGGAGGGAGGCACUUUUCUUCAGAAGAGCCCGAUCCGCUAUAUCCCCCGGCGUUUGUCUCGGAGUAACCCCGUUGUGGUGGACAUGAUCUCUCUGUUUUGCUCUGUUUGGACAGAUCACUGUCACCAACAACCGCCGAGUCAGGUCACGUCCCGACGCUACGAUAUAGCGCUUCGGGGCUUACAGAACGCCAUUCAGAAACUGCCCAAGGGACGUGCAGAUAGGGCUCAGAUGAUUGACACGUUGACUGCCAUAACGCUACUGCAGAAGACGCAGCCGUUAUUAAGUAGAGAGGCCGAUCCCAGUUGGGGAGUGCAUGCUGUGGCCAUCAAGCAUAUGAUGAUUGAGAUGGGACCGCCGGAAACAGACGACUCAUUUGAGGCGGCUUUGGUCAAGGAAAAUCGUUCUCUCUUGAUACGGAAUCGGCUUGCCGGGGGCCCUGAAGUAGACUUCUUGAAUGAGUCGCCCUGGAAAGAAGCCAUGGUACGGCUUGGCACAGAAGAUUGGCUCGUUGAUGAGCUGGAGCCUUUUGGUUCCGAGGAUUGCCUCAAGCUCGAACUCCGGACCCCAAGAAUGCAGGACUGGGUAGACUACAUUGGUCGCAUCCGCGCUGAAGGCCCAUUCACAGAGGAGAUGAGAGACCUGUCCGCCAUCGUGAUACAUGAGAUGCUGGAACACGCUGAUCUUUUGCGCCGUACAAUCGGAGUUACCACCAAAGCGCUGCUGGCGCGUGGGACCAUGGUUGUCAAAACAGACCCCAACGAGUCGGUUGCGUUCAUGCGCAAGAGUUACUCAUUCACGCACGCCUCGGCUGCGGCGAUGCUUUGUAACCUCGUUUCUGUCCAGGUCAUCGUUCUUCGGUCGUUGUAUGAGUUUAGCGUCAUGUACGACGAGGUGCCUGACGAAACACUAUAUAAGGAGUACCGAGACAUCUGUGGCCACAUUUGGAUGGUUAUCUCAUACCUCCACACGCUGAAGCCUGUAACUGGUCUCGCGAUGCUGGGGACAAUUUCCGUCACAUUCGAGGCGGCCGUUGGUGAAGAGAGGGAGAAGGUGAUUGAUAUUGUGAACCACCUUGACAGCUAUUUGUUACGAUUUAACAAGGACAGGGAGAAAAUAUCGGAGUUUUUGUUACAUGUUUGUAAAGCUGUGACGGGAAGAGUCCCCGUUCAUGGCCACCUAUCCUGGAUUACCACAUGA